AUGGGUAUAGAAACUUUACCUAGUCCUAUAGAUGAAAAUACUGAUGAAGCUAUCCAGGCUCAACAAGAGGCAAUUGAGAAGGAUAUGAAAUCUACGUGUCUAAUAUCUCCUAUCCUUCCGCUUUCGACACUCGAUGAGGAUUUCUCUGGCCAUACUGUAUAUCUGGAAAAGCUAAAGCUCAUGAAACAGAAUUACCAUGGAAUUCGUCGACUAAGGCGCGACGGUAAUUGUUUUUACCGAGCAUUCGGUUUCGCGUACAUAGAACACUUGCUGAAUGGAAAGCAUAUAAAAGAAGCUGGCAGACUGAAGAAGAAAUGUGACGAGUGUAAAGAUACACUGAUUGCAAAUGGCUAUACACAGUUCACUGUGGAAGAUUUUCACGAACAGUUUGUUAGUAUGGUGGAUCGGUUUACAUUGGAUGGUGGGACGUUGGAAGAACUAGAGGAAGUAUUCAAUGAUCAGGCUUAUUCAGACUAUUAUGUAGUAUUUUUAAGACUUUUAGUCUCCGCAUAUAUUCAAAAGAAAGCUACAUAUUUUGUAAAUUUUAUCGAUGAAGGUAAAACUAUUAAUCAGUUCUGUGAAACGGAAGUUGAACCAAUGGCUCGUGAAUCAGACAAUAUUCAUAUAGCUGCGUUAGCAUUAGCUGUAGAAUUGCCUAUUUACGUGGAAAAUUGUCAACAAUCAGGUGAACUAAAUCGUAUAGAAUUUCCUGCACACAGUGAUCUAAUGGAUGCAGACAAAGAAAGCGAUAAAACCGACGGCAGUGGACAAGUAUCAGAUGAACAUGAAUCAUUUAUUGUCAGUUAUAAAGAUAAUCCUCCAGUUACAUUAUUGUACAGACCAGGGCAUUAUGAUAUACUGUAUCCUAAUUCAAAGCAACAAUAAGGGCACAAAGAUUCAGUUAAACAGGUUACUUUUACUCUUGAUAAAUAAUCGAUACUUUUCAGUUGAUAUGUAUUUUGGAGUUUCUUUAUAAUUCACAAUAAUUUUCAGUUAUAACUUUUGUCAUGUUUGAACUCUUCUUUUUUUUAUGAUGAAGCCUCAUCUUCUUCAAGAUAAUUCGAAUGAUGUCAGUGUAUUUUCUCAAUUUUUUUUCAUUUUUUUCUGUUGUAGGAGAUAUUUUAACUAUAUGUAGAACGGCUCACUUAGAGCCAACUUCAUAUCAUUUCAGUCUGUCAGUGUAGAAACAGUCGAUAAUUAUUAUUAUUUGUCCCUUGGGUUCCUAGUGGAACAUACGGCUUCAGUAGCACGUCGACAUUUCACCCUCCUCUCUACAGUCUUUUCAACCUGGCUCCAUCACUGCCCACAAGCUUUCAUUUCUUCCUCACACUAUCUCCUCCAUGUCAUCCUCGCCUCGGACGCCCAACUAGUCGUUUCCCACUUGCCUUCGACUAGACAACCUGGCCUAGCCUGACGCGUCAUGUCCCCAAACCGUCUUCUCAGUGUAUGCCCAGUCCAAUCCAUCUCCACUCUCUUCUGCAUAUUUGUUGAGCAAAAGGUUCUGGUUGGUUCGUGGCCAGAUCAGAGUUCCUUGUUGCUUAUUCUUUCUGACCAUCUGAUUUUCAGUAACGAGCGUAGGCAGUUGUUGCUGAAUGUCUGCAGUUUGUUGGAAAUCCCUUUCGUAACGCGCCCAGUCUCUCAACCAACACAUAGAAGCACUGACUUAAUUGACAUUAGUGUUGAGAAUCCGGAUCUUGUUCACGCUCUAUGCUGAGUGCAGUAGAUCUCCACACUGACUUCAAGUUAAUGAAGGCCCGUCUUGCUGUCUUUUCGAUUUUGGCCUUAACGUCCCCAUCUGUGCCUGAGCCGCCUGUAGUCGAAACGAUGCUGCCUAGGUAGGUGAAAGAGACUACUUCCUUUAGGCUUGGCUUCUCUCGUUGAUGGUGAUUGGUGCUUGUUGUUGUUGUUGUUGGGGGUGGUGGUGGUUGGGUAUCUUCAUCACCUCUGUCUUCUCCACGUUCACCUGCUUCGCUGAUUCUUCUGUCAACUUGUUGGUUUUUGUCUUUAGAUUUUCGAGUUUGUGCGACAAGACAUUAGGCAUAAAUCAUCAUGAGCGGAAUCGAAAUCUUCUAGGGUGUUUUCGUCGGUACAGCGUAUGCCACUCUUCUCGCUCCUCACAGUUUUUUGCAUGAUCCAGUCGACCAGAAUCAGGAAGAUGAUAGGUGAUAGUAGGAAGACUUUUCUCACUCCAAUAAACACUUAGAAUAUCCAAAAAAUAAUUCAUUAACGUGCAUGCAUACAACAUGGAUGUUGAGAUUGGUGUUGCACGGUCGAGUACUUGAAAGUGAUGUCAAACACAUAGGCCAUCCCAGAUUGUCAAAAUGAUGCUCCCCCUCUCUAAUUCAGUUAGAUAUGAAUUGGGAUGAGAAGUUCUGACUGGAUAGUGUAAGUACGAUCGAGCGAAAGAAACGCAUCAUGGAUUCAUGUGGUAGUCGGGCAAAAUCCUUGGUGAUUGAAGUGAAAUAAAAAUCUGAUCAGCAUAUUGACUGAGCAACUUUUACUAUAGUUAUCUGUUAUUUUACCGAUUAUAAAUACGACUGUUCAACUUGAUAAUGAUAAGUCGUUGAAAAGAAAUAUUUCUUCUUCUCUGAUACGUGUCUUGUUGUUAUUCAUCAAUAAGUGGGUACAUUUCGUCAGUUGAAGGAUUGCAAACACUCAUUAUUCCCCGAAGAAUCUCCAUGAUUACUUUGAUUGUUACGUGUAUUUAGAGGUAAUUAGAUUGGGUACUUGACUUGGUUGUGGCCAGCAGAAGAAUCCAGGAAGCACGUUUCGUCCUAUUUGGGACUCGUCAGCUGGAGAAUUGCAAGCAUAUUCGUUGAUAAUAAUAACCAAUACAAUUUUUCUGAAACUGUUCUCCGCUCUUCUAUCCAGUCGGAUUGUUUUUAAAUGGUCUGUAUGGUAAGAUUCUUUGGUGUUAACAUUUAUGUGUUUACAAAGACUGUUGUUGAGUAGAAUAGUUUUGGCUCUUGACGUUCCCCUAAUUCCAAUCAGACUAAAGCACUUUGCUUUCAAAAUAAUAAUAAUAAUCAUUUUAUUCCCAACAAUUUUUGGUACAGUUCGGGAUUCUCGGCAUGAUACAUUUCAACAACGAAACUCUAUGUAUAUCUGUACUUCUUUACAACAUUUUGAAUGGCGUUAUUAUAAGAAUUUAAGUAAUGUAAAGAAUACUAAUAACGAAAAGAUUUUACGCUGUUAGUAAAAUUACUCUAAAGAGAUUGUUAACUGUUGCAGAGUUGAUUAAUGAGUUUUGUUCUAACACGUUCUUCCUCAUAUAAUAUGCGUGAUAGAUUAGGUAUAGUCGAAUUCUUGUACUUAUCUGUACAAGCAUACAGUCUUAUUUAUAUAACUUCUUGUCUUCCACGAAAAGAUGCAAGGAGAGAUCUGUGAAUGAAGUGGAUACUCAGUAUCAGUUAAAAUUACUGUAAAUAGUUACCUGCUAGAAUUUAAAUGUCUCUUAACUAUAGUGUUAAUCACUUGAGCCAGAGCACUCACCCUACUGACGGCUUUCAAAGCCCUACCCAAUAUAACAUUGUCCUUAUUUAAUAGACCAGGAAAAAUCAACGGGGAGCAAUACAGAAGAAUAGGUAAAAUACAGGAAUUAAUAAAUUGCAGAAGUAGAGAUUGAAUUAUAUCAGAGAGCCUCAAUUUCUCUGUGUAUAUGCAAAAUAUGAAUACUCAGAAAAAGUCAAACCAUCGUUAUCACUAUUCUCAACUACGAAUAUUUUUCACCAUUUCAAAACUGUAAAACAGGUUUUAACCAGACUAAUUUCUCCUGUAGGGUUGAGAAAAUAUGACAAUGUCACAGUUGAAGGUGUUAAAAAUAAAGUCAAAAGACACAUAUCUUGAUGCACUAACAAUUCUCAGUUAUUCAGUCAGUUUUAUUCACUAGAUUUUUUACAGAUUUACAUCACGAAGCUCCGACCGACUCAGGACAAAUAUUCACCAUACUUUCCACUCAUUCAUCAUAGAACUGAUCAACGAUGUGCUAAGAGUGGUUAUUCUCUGCUAUUUUCUUGACCUGACGGUGUUGCUGCUAUUUCUCUUCCUAACUUUAGUUGAUUGUGUCGACUAUUAUCUUCCAGGGCUGCUACACACGAACACAUUCCUACUACCACUAAUAUUACACCAGCCAACUCGAGAAGUCAAGUGUAUGUCACUGACCUGCAAUAAAUAAUACAUGGGAAAUGUACAGGGUCUGAAAAGUGUAAGCACUCCGGAAGGCGAAUAACAACGGAAGGUAUUGAAAUUAAUCCCGCUACUCACUGAUGAUUGACUGCUGUUGCUUUUUUCUUAUUCUUAUCGUUUAAGGUGAUGAUAUUCCUCUCUCUUACUAAGCUUCUACUGCUUCGUAUUAUGCACAACUAGGGUAGGGUUUUAUUCUACAGAUAAGUAUUCUUAGCCUGGUUGAUUUGAUAGUAUGACAAAUUUAGUGUAAGUGCCAAGUUAGUAGUGAGAAGGUGUCUAACAGAAUGUCGAUAUAUCAACUCACUUAGGUAUCAUUAUAUCUAGCCUGAUUCAAUUUGGGAUGUAGUUAACUCAGAUGUCUCACUACCAUGCAAUUUCUCGCAUCAAAUUCAAAUACUUCAUCAACUCUGGCUUUUAAUACUUCCCUAACCACUCAAUGUGAUUUUCCAUCUUUGAACGAUUUCACGUCGACUUUAUCACCUGGUUUAAAUGAUGCAGACUUGCUUCUUGUUUCACGUUAAAGUGAUACUGUAUGCAUAAGUUUCUUGUUCUUUUGCUCACUUUGAGUAGCAUAGUAUACACAAAAAUUCGGUGUUUACGGUCAAAAAAGACUUGUUUAGGUGACGUAUGAUUUGUCAGUAAGGGGUUCAGUGUUGAUUUAUUUGCCAGCAAAAGUUUGUGAAGUGUUUCUUUGAUUUUCCAAUCCUCCUAUAAUCUCAACAAACCUAUUUUCUACAUGUCUACGAAACGUUCAGUUUGACGAUUAGAUGAAGAUAAGUUGGUGGUGUACGUCGAUAAUUUAUUCCUUUGACUUUGCAGAACUCUACGAAUAUAUGAGAUAUAAACUGGACACCAAUAUCUGAAACUAUAGUUUCUGUCAUACCAAGUUGGUUAAAAAAAUUCCGAUAGCUUGUGCAUUAUCAUUCUUGUAAUAGUCCUAUUCAUACUGAAUAGAUCAAGUGAUUUAGAAAAGGCAUAUACAACCACUAGAAAUUAUAAUUCUUAUACGGUCCUGAAAAUUCAGUAUGAAUUCUCGACCAUGAGCCGUCUGGAUACUGCCAUGAGAAUAAUUCAGGUAUCCUCAGCAUUUUACAUGAAUGUAAACAAUUAUCACAAGCUUUCACUGAGUUUUCGGUAUAACUAUCUAUGACACAACUGAGUGCAAGAGACUUCAUGAGUGCUAUCCCUACAGGAAUAAUUACUAAUUGGUCUCAACGUCUGCAAAGUCCGCACACGAGAAAUAUAUAAAAUGUAAACAGAGACAUGAAGAUCGUAAAAAGUGCCCAUUCAAAAACGAGAAAAUUAUUAAAUUCGACAGAAAUUUACGCAAAACAUCAAAAGAAAUCACCCUAAAAGCAAUAAAAGGCCACACACAACAUGAAGAAAACCAGAC